GGGUCCCUUUAAAGGGUCAGCUGAAAAUAGUGGUCAAAAUACCUUAGUGUUGUAAUUUCGAACCGGUUUUACCUAGUACUCUAUAUAUACCGUGGCCUAUGCAAGGUUUAUAUAGCAUUGCAUCAAUAUAAAUAACAUCGGCGUAAUAAAUGAAAUAACUGCGUAAACAUCGAAAUGGUGUCGUCGGUGUCUAAUUUCGUUGUACGAAAUACGUUUGAUGCUGCCUGCAAAUCUACAUGCUCAUAAACUUGAGUUUUUUUGUUGCAUAAUACAAGUCAAGUUACAAGCCAAGACCCAGAGAGUAGAGACUAUCAGAGACUGUUAUGCUACUGUAGAUUGUAGAGCCACUUGAAGUUCCAACUGCAAUUACGAGUCAUGGCAUUCCAUCCAAUGGUAGAAGAGUAUUUGAACAUGCCACCUGUGACCAGAGCAUACACCACUGGGUGCAUUCUAACCACUCUGGCUGUGCAAUUAGAUCUGGUGUCGCCAUUUCAACUGUACUUCAAUCCAAAUCUGAUAGUUUCACAGUGGCAGGUAUGGCGACUCGUCACGACGUUCCUGUUCUUCGGUCCGGUGGGCUUCACGUUCCUCUUCAACCUGAUCUUCACGUACCGCUACUGCCGCUACCUGGAGGACGGCUCGUUUCGAGGCCGCACCGGCGACUUUGUCAUCAUGUUCGUGUUCGGCGCCGUCUGCAUGGUGCUGUGCGCGCUGGUGGUCAACAUGCUCUUCCUCGGACAGGCCUUCACCAUCAUGCUGGUCUACGUGUGGAGCAGGAGGAACCCGUUCAUCAGGAUGAACUUCUUCGGGCUGAUGAACUUCCAGGCGCCGUACCUGCCGUGGGUGCUGCUCGGCUUCUCACUGCUGCUCGGUAACUCGGUGUCUGUCGACCUAAUGGGUAUCGCAGUCGGACACGCCUACUUCUUCCUGGAGGACGUGUUCCCCAACCAGCCGGGCGGCUUCCGGCUGCUCAAAGUGCCCCACGGCAUUGUGCGGCUAUUCGACCCGGCAGCCGGAGACCCAGCGUACGCCCCGCCGCCCGAGGAGCGGCCGGGCGGCUUCGACUGGGGUGCGCAGCGACCGCAGCCGGCCGGCGAUAACCACUGACCGCAGCCGGCCGGCGAUAACCACUGACCGCAGCGGCCGCCGGCCACUGAGCGGAGGGGACGGGCCGGUUCUACUACCAGUGACGGGGGUCACCCUGAGCUGAGCUGGACGCUGAGCACUGAGCUGGACGCCAACCGACGCACAGGGGAUGGUCUGGGGUGAUAGUGUUUGCUGUGGUAGUGUGGGUGUGCACUGUGCAACAUACAUGACUUACCAUAUAUGGACAUGAAAAGGGGGUUGUGCGUUGCUACGCCACAACAGUAAGGAAUCACAGACACUGACGUGUUGUGAGAUGUUGAACGCUCGAGGUUUUCGGUUCUCUGAACAUGCUUGCUACCGUGAAAUGUUUAAACACUUUGCCGCUAACGGUUUCUGAGUAUUUCGGGCCCGCUUAGAUGUUGAAUUAUGUUGCAAUCUUACGUGCUAGUGGAGAAACUUUGUCGAUGACGGACCCUGUCGAUUGAACGCAUGUUGGCGGCUGUAAAUCUAGCUGACAACCUCCCUUGACUGUGAUUGGUCGUCUGGCGAGUCAUGGGAGCUCAUUGGCGGAUCGACGGCCAAUCAGACCGCUGGACCUUUGUCGGGCUGAUUCACGCAUGGCACGGUUGUUUUGUUUGCUGUGUUACACUGUGCUACUUUGAGGUGUUGACUGACUCAUCCACCCACCGCUGUGGAUGUGUAUCCAUCCCAGGGAAUGAAAAGGGCGGGCUUUCGGGCUAAUUUCGAAACACGACAUUGGAUGAGAGCAGUCGUUUUUUUAUAUGAGGCACGAUGGCAUUAUAUUAUACACAGCUAUUUAUUAAACGUGUGCUGUUCUUAUGGUUUUAAUACAUCAGGUAUAGCCGG